AUGGCUCGCCUGAGCUACCUCCUCCUUGCCUCCCUCUCUGUCCUCAGUGGCGUAUUGGCAUCCAACUCCGCCGUGCUAGACCUCACUCCCGACAACUUUGACAGCGUUGUCCUAAAGUCCGGCAAGCCAGGUCUUGUUGAGUUCUUUGCACCAUGGUGUGGGCAUUGCAAGACCCUCGCUCCCGUCUAUGAGGAACUCGGCCACGCAUUUGCUUCUAGCAGCGCGAAAGUGCAUAUCAGCAAGGUCGACUCAGAGGCACACCGACCACUCGGCAAGAGGUUUGGUGUACAGGGAUUCCCCACGCUGAAAUGGUUCGAUGGCAAGAGUGAUAAGCCCGAAGAUUAUAACGGUGGAAGGGACUUGGAGAGCUUGACGAAGUUCAUCACCGAGAAGACGGGUAUAAAGGCCAAGGGAGCGAAGACAGCUCAGCCUAGCCAGGUUCAGAUGUUGACGGAUUCUACCUUCGAUAAGACUAUUGGUGGUGACCAAGAUGUUCUCGUUGCUUUCACUGCUCCGUGGUGUGGACAUUGCAAGACUCUGGCCCCCAUCUGGGAGACUCUGGCAACCGACUUCAUCCUGGAGCCAAACGUUAUCAUUGCCAAGGUCGACGCUGAAGCCGAGAAUGCCAAAGCUACUGCCAAAGCUAACGGCGUUGCCUCUUACCCAACCAUCAAGUUCUUCCCCCGUGGCUCCAAGAAAGCUGUUCCUUACACCGGUGGCCGAACUGAGAAGGAUUUCAUUGAAUUCUUGAACGAAAAGUGUGGAACCCACCGCGUUGUUGGAGGUGGCCUGAACGAGAAAGCAGGCACCAUCGAAUCUCUCGAUGCCAUCGUGGCGAAAUACAUUGCUGGAACUAGUCUCGAGACCAUCGUUGCAGAAAUUAAGGAAGCCGCUGCAUCACUCUCCGCCAAAUAUGCCCAAUAUUACGUCAAGGCUGGAAACAAGCUGCAGGAGAACUCAGAGUACGCCCAGAAAGAGAUUGCUCGUUUGCAGCGAAUUUUGAACAAGGGGAACCUUGCCCCUGAGAAGAUUGAUGAUUUGAUUUCCCGAAGCAACAUCCUCCGUCGAUUCUUGGGUGAUGAGAAGGCAAAGGAUGAAUUGUAG